AUGGCCAGCGGACGGAGGGACAGCCAGUCCGCGCGAAGGCUGGACGGCGCGACCCCGAGGAAGCAGCGGCAGCGCGCGGAGGGCACGCGAGGGGCGGCGCGAGCGCUGCCGCCGUGGAUGCGCCUCUACUUCUACGGCAUGCACGGGAUCACGCUGGACGUGGUCCUGUCGUCGGUGCACGCGUUCCUGGAGGACAGCGACCCGCGGCUGCUGGGCUUCUCGUCGCCCUACCUGUGCGUCGUGCACUCGGUGAGCCACUUCGUGCUGGAGAAGAUCUACUCGCAGAAGAAGAGCUUUCGGGGGCCACCCGCGCUCUUCCACUGCGUCUUCUACCCCUGCGUGUACAUCGGUCUGCAGGCGCUCAUCGGAAACACGCUGGUGGCGGCGAGCGAUCGCGCCGGGCUCUCGGCGACGCGGCUCGCGCUCCAGUACGUGAUCGCGCUCUACUACUCGCAGGUGUUCCACAGGGGCUUCCUGCGCCUGCAGUACCGCCGUCCGGCGGGGCGCGAAUCGCACGCGCCGCUGCCGCCGCCGCCGCCGUCGCCGCCGUCGCCUCGGGGCUCCGAGCGCGCGCUGCCGGGCCCCGUGCGCUUCGCCUUCUUCGGCAUGCACGGCUUCCUGGACGAGGUGGUCUUCACCUCCGUGUUCAACCUGAUCGAGAAGUCGGGCGGCAGCCUGCGCGGACACACGUCCCUCUGGUCCUUCCUCAUGUACGGCAGCUGCAGCUUCGUCGUGGAGAAGCUCUACGUGCACCUGCACUUCGAGCGCGGCUGGAACGCGUGGAAGAGGCUGCCCAUCUACGUGGGCUUCAUCUACGCGUGGGAGCUGUCGUGGGGCCUGGCGCUGCGCCGCUACAACGCGUGCUCGUGGGACUACUCGCACUACCCGCUCAACUUCAUGGGGCUCGUUACGCUGCUCUACCUGCCCGGGUGGGUGUGUCUGAGCCUGUACCAGGACGUGCUCUCCAACGUGCUCAUGUGCGUCGUUUGCGCCCGGGACGACGCUCCGCGGGGGGCUUCGAUCCAAAGACAGGCUGGCGCGCGCGGCAUGUUAACGCCCGCCGUGCGCUGCUCCGCGACACGAAACGGCGCAGAGUAACACGUGCAUUUCUUCCC